CCCCCGCAACCCUCCGGCGCCUGUCCCUUUAAAUAGGGGCGGGCCUCUCCCGCACCCUGGAUCGCGAGGCCCGCCCCUCCCUGCCUCGCCAUUGGUUGUCGCUGGGGGAGAGCGGCCCGCCCCCGCCCGCAGCCAUUGGCUAGGGGCGAGGCUGGGGUUCCCGGAUGCAGGCACGCUCGGUGGUUAUAAAGCGCCGGGGGAAGGCGGGAGCGGACGCAGUUUGAAUCGCGGCGGGUCGGGGCAGGUCGGCGCUGUUGUCCGGGUUCCGUGCGUGCGGGACGCUCUUUUCUUCUCUGUUUUCUUCUGCCUGGACCUGCGCGGCACCGCGGCCCGGUUCGCCAUGGCUGGUGGUAAAGCUGGGAAGGACUCCGGAAAGACCAAGACCAAAGCAGUGUCCCGUUCUCAGCGGGCUGGAUUGCAGUUCCCUGUUGGCCGCAUCCACAGACAUCUGAAGUCGAGGACUACCAGCCAUGGGCGUGUAGGAGCCACAGCUGCUGUGUAUAGUGCUGCAAUCCUGGAGUACUUGACAGCUGAGGUUCUUGAGCUGGCGGGAAAUGCAUCCAAAGACUUGAAGGUGAAGCGUAUCACUCCCCGUCACUUGCAGCUUGCAAUUAGAGGAGAUGAAGAAUUGGACUCUCUCAUUAAGGCAACAAUUGCUGGUGGUGGUGUAAUACCACAUAUCCACAAGUCUCUCAUUGGAAAGAAAGGACAACAGAAAACUGUCUAAAGGAUACCAGGAUUCCUUGUUAUCUCAGGACUCAAGUACUUAAUUGUCCAGUGUUGGUGAUUCCAGUGGACUGUAUCUGUGAAACACGAUUUUGCCUUUUUGUAACUUUGAGAAACUAAAGCUCCCUUGAGCUUUCUAACAAACCAAAUUUCUGCAUUGAAGUCUUAACCGUAUUUAAGUGUUACCAUGGCUUCAAAGAAGCUAUUGUAUUUGUAGUGGGUUUUGAUUGAGCUGACUGUUUUUAGAUUGGUUUAAGUAAAGGAAAUGUUUGGGUUUGUACAGACUUUUCAUCCACUAGAGUGGAAAUAUCCAAUAAAUGUUAUAUGAAGAC